GAGCAUGGAGCUGCAUACUGAUGAGUGUAGGAGUACUUGAUAAAAAGAAUUCUGGCUGCCGGCCGUGCACUGCUCAUUGUGGAGUACUCCAACAAUCACAGAACGCAGAGCAGCCUAAGCUGACAGCUUGAUAUGCCUUCUUCUGCUGCCUGGUUUUGGGGACUGUAUGACGUACUGGUCGGUAGUAAAGAUUAAUAUGUAAGAAAUGUGGAGCUAGGAUCAAGUCAUACUCCACAGCCUGCCUGGCAAACUAUGUUUUACUUCUGACUUUGCUCUCUCGCUGAGAACAUUAAUCUGUCAAGCUGGCGGGCUCCUUUGAUAGCAACUUUCCCAGGAGCAUGAUGUGGCAAUGCCACCUCUCAGCCCAGGACUACCGCUAUUACCCCGUGGACGGCUACUCCCUGCUUAAACGCUUCCCUCUUCAUCCUCUUACAGGACCCAGAUGCCCUGUCCAAACAGUGGGACAAUGGUUGGAAAGCAUUGGGCUACCUCAGUACGAGAACCACCUGAUGGCUAAUGGAUUUGACAAUGUGCAGUUUAUGGGAAGCAAUGUUAUGGAAGAUCAGGAUUUGUUAGAAAUUGGGAUCUUAAAUUCUGGGCACAGACAAAGAAUUCUACAGGCAAUCCAACUCCUUCCAAAGAUGAGACCCAUUGGCCAUGAUGGCUACCAUCCCACCUCUGUUGCUGAGUGGCUGGAUUCCAUUGAACUAGGUGACUACACCAAAGCCUUUCUAAUUAAUGGCUACACAUCGAUGGACCUGUUGAAAAAAAUCUGGGAGGUUGAACUUAUUAAUGUUUUAAAAAUCAAUUUGAUUGGCCACAGGAAACGUAUUUUGGCAUCUCUGGGAGACAGGCUGCACGACGAUCCACCACAGAAGCCCCCUCGGUCCAUCACCCUCAGGGAACCCAGUGGUAAUCACACUCCUCCUCAGUUGUCUCCAUCACUUAGCCAAAGCACUUACACCACUGGUGGCUCCCUAGACGUUCCUCACAUUAUCAUGCAGGGCGAUGCAAGGAGGAGAAGAAAUGAAAACUACUUUGAUGAUAUUCCCCGAUCAAAACUGGAGAGGCAGAUGGCCCAGUCGUCUGUCUGUGAGAUAUGGACGAAUCAGAACGCUGGAUUUCCUUUCUCAGCCAUCCAUCAGGUUCAUAAUACAGGAGACUGGGGAGAACCUUCCAUUACUUUGCGACCUCCAAAUGAAGCCACAGCCUCAACUCCAGUACAGUACUGGCAGCACCACCCAGAAAAGCUCAUCUUCCAGUCUUGUGAUUACAAAGCUUUUUAUUUAGGUUCUAUGCUGAUAAAAGAGCUCAGGGGGACAGAAUCAACCCAAGAUGCUUGUGCAAAAAUGCGGGCUAACUGUCAGAAGUCUACAGAGCAAAUGAAGAAGGUCCCUACUAUUAUCCUUUCCGUCUCUUAUAAAGGAGUCAAAUUUAUUGAUGCAACAAAUAAGAACAUAAUUGCUGAGCAUGAAAUUCGUAAUAUCUCCUGUGCUGCCCAGGACCCAGAAGACCUCUCAACAUUUGCUUAUAUCACAAAAGAUCUGAAGUCCAAUCACCACUACUGUCACGUGUUUACUGCCUUCGAUGUGAAUUUAGCCUAUGAAAUCAUCCUAACGCUGGGACAAGCAUUUGAAGUCGCUUACCAGCUCGCACUACAAGCAAGAAAAGGGGGGCAUUCCUCCACCCUUCCAGAAAGCUUUGAAAACAAACCCUCCAAACCCAUCCCCAAGCCCCGCGUUAGCAUUCGCAAGUCAGUGCAGAUCGACCCAUCUGAGCAAAAGACUCUGGCCAAUCUGCCGUGGAUCGUGGAGCCGGGACAGGAAGCCAAGAGGGGAAUUAAUACCAAGUAUGAAACCACGAUUUUCUGAUACCCACCAUCCUCCCGUCCUGCGGUGCCUUGCACACCAAACAGUCCCGGAGCAGGCUUUCCUUCGCGCCUCCAUUUCCACCCAGCCCAAGAGGAAGACUGCUCUCUUUGUGUGGCCUUGUCAUGGGUGAAAGGCCGCUGGCCAUUCCUGGGGACAUUGUUUCUGCACCAGUGACAGCAAGUGCAACCAAGACUUUCCAGCCGUAACCCCUAAGAGGCACGAGUUGAGAUUUUUCGCUGACCCUCCCGACUCCCCUCCCUGCCACCUCCCAAGGUAUUUCUAAUGAUUCUGCCCCAACACUUGCUUUGCUGUAUCUGGGGAUAAUACCUUUAAAAAAAAAAGUACAGGGGAUCUCUAAUACUGCCUAAAAGUAUACGAAUCUUGGGUUUAUUUUCCACUGUCAGCGGUUUUAAAGGUAGCAGCAGAACAGAACUACCCCCAUAAGGCAUCUGUAAACUCAUUAUAACACUGAGUAUCGUUUCAUGCAAAAGGACAAAACCCACCCCUUGAUUGCCAGGAAAUCCUGUCUCCCAAUUUCUAUAUUUGUGGAUUUUAUAUGUAAUCAACUAUGUCAGAUAAAAAAAAAAAAAAACCUUUACAUCUAUGGAUUGAUUCAAAAUUUAAGAAUGAUUUAAAACAGAGGAAUUUAUUAUGCACAGAAAAAUGUGUCUUGUAUUAAAUAUUUUUAUUAAAAGAAUGUUUCAUUAAUGCAUUGAUAAGAAAACUAGGUUAGCUGUGAGGGAUGUUUCUGGUUUCAUUUCAAAUAACUAAAUUCCUUCUGCUACUGCUGAGAGGACUGGCUUGGGCGUGGUGGGUACUGACCGCGCUCACCGGGGCAGGAGACUGGGGCAGGCAGGCUGGUGUCGACCCAAAAGCGCUGACACAGCCGUACGCCUGCAAAGAUUGUUUUUUUAACCUGCACAGUGUUUUAAAGAACACGUUUAAAAAAAAAAAUCUAGGGCUCCUGCUGUCAAGAUUUCUGUCAUGGAAACCUUGUUUGAGAAAGGUGUUAAUAAAAUUCUAUUGCAAAAAUUUUUUUUUCUAGAAAAAAUACAGAAAAAAAAAAAAAAGAUGAGAUUCCAAAGUAAUAAAGCUCUUUUCUUGAAACAAAAAAAUAAAUAACUAAAUGUUUGCUUACUAUUUGAUUAAAUAAAAUUUACUUACAUUUCUUUAAGGUAUUUUAAUUUUUUUAAUGUCUCUGUGGAGUAUUUGUAUGAUACCAUAAUGUAUAUUUCUGUAGAAUCAAAUUAUAUAAACAGUAUCAAAUAUCAUUAUAGAAAAAAAUAACGUUUUAAUGUAUAUUGUUCUAACCGAUCAUAUUGUGAAUCAUUUUGAAGUUCAUUAUAGCGAUAUUGAUAAACUGUGGGAUUGUCUUAAUGUUUUUUUUUUCAUUAACCAAUAUUAUUUUAAACCCAACUGAGAUUAUCAGUUACAUUCAUCAGUUGGUGAGUUUUGAAGAAGGAUGACUAAAUUUUAUUUCAAACUGACAAAUGUAUAUGGUUUUAGUUCAGUGUUGAAGAAUUUUAACACAAUAUUAAAUUACUUGAACUGAACAGUUCCUUGUAUAUACUUUGCCUAUUCACUGUUGAUAUGUAUGUAGUAAAUCGAGAGUAAAAUAACACUAAAAUAUGGUACCAAAAGGAAAUUGUAUAGGAGCAAAGUAAAUAGUAGCUUUGCUGAAGCAGAAACAUAUGUGUAAAUAUGCUUGGGCUUCCAGUUAUAAAUUUUGUAAUUUUUGUCAUUAUUUAUAUCCUAUAAAAAAGCACACAAAAUAAAACAGAAAUUGUACAGC